UUUAGCCUGGUACGACGUCCAGAGCGUCUCAAGUCUCGCGUCGUGCUGUACAUUUCGGGUCCAGCGAAUCUUGGGCGGUUAUUGAGCCUCAACGCUGGAGGAUGGCGUCCCACUACGCAGCAGAUCUGCCGCUGGCAAGUCUUCGCCUCCAAUCACUUCAUUCUGUACCCAGCUCAGGCUUUCGCUCCAACCAACGUGACUGGCGGUAUGAACGAAUCACAGAACGAGACCGUGAUCUGCGUGAGAAGCCAUCCAGUCUGGUAUAUAGGCGGCAAAGCAAUCGACUCUUCUCUAACGUUCCAGGAUCGUGUGUCCGCGCGACAGCAUUGCCUUUCUUCUCUUGUUGUCCUUGGUCUUUUCUUUCACCUACUCACUUGCUCCUUUACAUCACUAUCUAUCGUCAAUUCUUAUUGCUUUGCCUAUUGUCCACAUCGCAACUAUAACAACAAUAAUAACAACCUGUGUACUGUCUCGGCCUGGAGCCUGCGAUAAUUCCAGUUUGAAACCUGCUAUUUGAUUAUUCCAU